GAAUUACUUUUCUAAUUAACGAAAAAAAGUGUUUUUUCUUUUAAAAAUAACUUCAGUAUUCUUCUUAGCAGGACUUUUUAAAUUUAGUUUUAAGACACAAAGUGAAAAAAACAAACAUUGAUAGUUAUUCCGAUACAUCACAGGCUAUACUAUCAAUAAAGAACUAGUUUCCGUGAUAAAAUGGCUGUUUGUUACAAGAGAAAACGUUCAAGUUUAACACGACAUGUGAACAUUCAUUCGAUUCUACUUAUAGUUUUGUUGGGUAGCUUCAUUUUGCAGUUGGCAGAAAGUAGCUCGCAAACUCAGGAUAAAGAAAAACUUCUCAAGAACGACAUCGAAAUUCUGGCGUCUUUGUUUCCAGGAAGCUACAGCAACCUUCACCAGUACCACAAACUCGCUCAGAGGGGGCUGCCUCCCAACAAGAGGAGCCUCCUCAUCCGCUCGGAGUUCUUUCUCGUGACAUCCUCACUGUUCAACGACUCCCUGACCAUUUACUUUCAGGAUUUCACUAAAUUUUCCGCUGACCCUUUCAGAUCCGGUUUCUACAGCUUUGUUUUUGACUCCACUAUCAACGUGUUCAGGAUGAGGACAUACAAACUAAGGAACAAUUCGGUUCGCAUAGAACCAAAGUCCUCCAUUUAUAGCAUGGGCGCAGAGCUUGUUGCUUUGGUACUCGAGAAGCAGAAUGUCAGUUCUGCGGAACUACUUACAUAUAAGGCAUGUGACAUGUUCUGGAAGAGGAUCGGCGAGAAGACUUUCGUGGGUAUGACGGGUCCCAAGUGUAUUGGUUCUCUUGGCAAAGAGCAGGUUCAUAUCGGUGUGUCGAUGACCUUAACAUCUGACAAGCUUCACUUGACUGAAGGCUGGUAUAAUAUCAAGAAUGGCAACCAAGUUUUGGAAGUUAAAGUUCCUUACAUCUUUCAAAAAGUGAAAGCCUCAGAAAUGCCACAGCGAGACUCUUUUGAAGAACAGGUCACUUCAACCAAAUUGAAAGGCAGGCGUGCCAUACAGACAAAGUCUUUAGAGAGAAGGCGAGAGUCCAAGUCGGAGAGAACGCCCGACGGGCCAGACAGUGGUAGCCACACAAGGAUUCUCAGAAAUUUUCAGCAAGUGUCCGCUGCCUUAAACGCAGGCUACGACGUCACGUAUCGCGUGGAACUCUCCGCCUGUUCCAUGCCCCAACAGAUCAUGCUGGACAGAAUGUCCUUUGGUGGACGUGUGAAGGAUUUCAUUUUCGUCAGACAGGAUGGGGGGAUAAACGACAGAACAGACUAUGUCCAGUUUGUGACAAAGAAAACGGUCACAGCGUCACAAGGUUCUCAAAUUUUAACGCGCGAACUUACUUUGCUUAGAGGAGGUCGAUUGAAUGUCAAGGUCACCAAAAGUUAUCUGGAUACCAACAAGAUGAAGAAGGAGUACAUGUUUGAAUGUAGACUCUAUGACGACCAAAAAGGCUAUGGCGGCGUGAAAAUCUUUACCAACCAAAAAGACAAACCACACAAACUGCCCAGUUACAGAUCAAUAGCCCGGGCAUUGGAUCAAGGUCAUGAACUACGUGUAGUAACUGACCUGGCAAGGUGUCAAGGAUUGAGAAAUAAACCAGCUAUUAUUUUUGGAAAUACCAUUGCAGACUACGAUACUGUAAAUGGCGGUAAAACUCUGGAAGUUUAUCUCCCCCUACUUCAAGCAGACACCGCUACAACAAUGAGUGGUGAAGGAUUUGUUGGUCAGUUUCUGAAGAAUGGAGACGUGGCGCUGACCAAGACAGGCAGGCCUUUGUUCAUCGCCAACAUUAGCCAGUGGUCAUUCAGUCCGGCGUAUCACUGCAAGCUCUCAUCGCAACAUUUCUUGCAGAACAAUGAUGAGAAUCUGAGCAGCGUCAAAGUGUUUCAAGUGAGGUGAAGCUGAAUAUAAGCCAUCGUGAACUGAACCAGACUAGACUGAACACAUUCCUAGAUGAACUGAACCAAAGAAAUUAGACUAGACUGAACACAUGCCUAGAUGAACUGAACCAAAGAAAUUAGACUAGACUGAACACAUGCCUAGAUGAACUGAACCAAAGAAAUUAGACUAGACUGAACACAUGCCUAGAUGAACUGAACCAAAGAAUUUAGACUAGACUGAACACAUGCCUAGAUGAACUGAACCAAAGAAAUUAGACUAGACUGAACACAUGCCUAGAUGAACUGAACUAAAGAAUUUAGACUAGACUGAACACAUGCCUAGAUGAACUGAACCAAAGAAAUUAGACUAGACUGAACACAUGCCUAGAUGAACUGAACCAAAGAAUUUAGACUAGACUGAACACAUGCCUAGAUGAACUGAACCAAAGAAAUUAGACUAGACUGAACACAUGCCUAGAUGAACUGAACAAAAUAAACUAAACUGACAGAUCUUAGGUACGCCCAGAUGAAUUGCACCAAAGAGUAUAGAAUGAAUUAGCACAAGCUUGUCCCAUUAUGAGAAACAGUUUGCAGACACUAGUACAAUAUUUAAAGUAAAGAAGGGUCGUUUAUUUGGGUUGCUCAUGAAACAUUCACCUUCACCCAUCCCUUAGCCUUUGUCUAUUAUUUCAGUUCCCCCCCCCUUUCCCCUUUUUUUGAUAUUAUCAAUGUCUGUACAUAUUCUGCUGUCAUUGGUCUCCAUUGUUGUUGAAUAGGCUUAACUUUAUAGUGGAAAACGUGGGGGUACGGACAAUGAAAUACUCUUGACGCUGCAGUAACUUAUUUAGACCUUUGUCACUUCAUUUAAUGACGACUAGAACUUUACAAUUUGACAUUCUGGGAAUGACGCAAAGGGAGAAUGUUUUUCCCUUAAAUUAAAUUUCAGAAUCGGUUGUGAGGUUGUGUAAUUAUAACAUUGACAUGGAUUUUUUGACAAUGAUUCUUUCGUGAUUUUUUAUUCAAUAAUGUUGAAUUGUAAUUAAUUGUAUUAUUUAUUAUGUUAUAUAUGUAUUGCAACUAUGACAAAAACAACAAGGGAGGCUAGAAUAAAGAUGGUUAAGGGAGGCAAAAACGCAAGCAAUAUGUUAUAAUUGCAAUAUACCAGUUACUUCCCAUGCUCUUUUCAAUCAUAUAACACUUGUUAUAGUAUAAUGGUAUUUCAAAACGUAUAGUACAUUAUUUAUUAUCGGAUAAAAUGUAUUGACGUAUAUACAAUUAUGACACCGACAUGUGAUUGUUUUAGAUUAUUAAAAUUAUUAGCAUAUGAUGCCAUAUCUUCAAUAAGUCUGUAACUAGCAUAUCGCUAACUAUUUAUUAUUUAUUCCUAAUUCUGUGUUCAUAAUGCCAUCACUACAAUAAAUACCCUAUUUAUCUACUCAA